AUGUCUCUAAAUUCUGGUGAAGUACUUGGUGGUACGAAGCUGCUCAGCGAUGGGAAUAGGAUACCAAUGAUUGGUCUAGGUAUUUCUAGAAUUGUUGGUCAAGUAAGUAUUGCUGCUUUAGAGUCGGGUUAUAGGCUUUUUGAUACUGCCGAGUUGUACAAUAAUGAAGCAGAACUUGGAGCUGCAUUGGAGUCAAGCCUACCGAAGUUGGGGCUGAAGCGAGAAGAUGUUUUCAUAACCACAAAAGUGCAAACAAAAGACGGAGACGCUGCGAAUUGGGCGGAGAAAAGUGUUUUGGGUUCGUUGGAGAAGCUGAGAACAACGUACCUCGAUUUAGUACUGGUGCACUUUCCAAGGGAUCGCUGUACAGGUGUUGACCAUGCUUAUGAAAUCAAUAGGGAAGGCAGGAAGGAAGUCUGGAAGAAACUGGAAGAGCUUAAAGAGCGUGGUGCUGUGAAAUCAAUUGGAGUGUCGAAUUAUGAAGUCUAUCAUCUGGUGGAACUUCUCAGCUUCGCAAAGUAUCCGCCUGUGGUAAAUCAGAUUGAAUUUCAUCCGUAUUUUACUCGGCAAACGUUGGUUAAGUACUGUGUUAUGAAUGGAAUUUUCGUGCAGGCCUUUUCUUCACUGUUGUGGGGUAACAAAGAAAUCUUAAAUGAGCCUAAUGUAGCGCAGCUGGCGAAGAAAUAUAAUGCCACUCCGCAGACGAUUUUGUACGCAUUUACCUUGUGUUCUGCUAUAUCACUCAAGAGCGCUGAGGUUGAUUCACUAAAUGAACUCGGUCGGAAUGUUACAUUCUCUCCCAUGUGCGCACCCUGGAAAUGCCCCUGA